UCUGAAGAAACCAACUACGGGCGCCGUUGUAGUUUGUUCGUAGCCUUUUCUCGAAAUUCAUUAAGAUGCAACUUCAGGCGUACAUUGCUUUGGGCGUUGCUUUGUGCUUCGCCUGUUACUGUCGUGCGGAGAAACUUGGGCAACCACAGGCUGUCGACCAGUCAGCUGUGCCCCUUCUCCGGUCCCCGUUAUACGAGCCGCUUUCUGGCCUUGCUGUUCAAAUAAAAGUGCUUCAAGCGAAAGUUCCGCAGCUUGGACAGUUUAUCGAUGAAGGUACUUCUGCUACAAUCCAGUAUGGUUACGUUUCCACACUUAUUCACUGGCUGUCCUCGCACAUGAAGCACGUGAUGGCACUCAUGUCUGCCCCUCCCCUGGGAACAAAGGCAGCCGACCUCGCGGGCAUUUUUGUUGUGAUGCGCCGUAAACUGGAACAGGUCAUUGCAGGCCUUCAUGUCCUCAUAAAUGUCGAAGGAGGGUCGCGCUUGGGAGAACGGCCGGCUCAGUUACGAACUACAGCCGAAAAAGCCCUACAAGCUGUGCUGCCCCUCCGAACAGCUCUCCUUGAGAAUGAAACAGACAUAAUCAAGCAUAAUGCCCAGGAACUUUUGCCAUCCAAAGCACUGUACCAGAUUCUGGGGCAACUCGAGGAGGCUCACACUCAGCCUAUAACAACUUCUAUGAGUUUCGUAGAAACUGUCAACUCCAAGCUUCAGGAGGCACGAACUGAAGUCAAGAGGAAACUUCGCAAGGCUGUCGAGUUUCUGAAAACCCUGAAGCACUGCGUCGCUGCUGACGCUGUUGGGUGGGAGAGGGCAGCCGCCCUUCGUUCGUUUAUGCAGACAAUGCACUUGCAUAAGGUUCCUGACUCUCACACCGUUGAGAACUCCGCAGCGAUCACUGCGACGACCCUGGAGAAGCUUUCGCCGGAGCCCGUUUACGGGCAAAGCGCUCCGACCGCCACAAUGUCAUGGCCGACAGCUGUGGCAAACCUAAACUUUCUCCAUACUGCUAUCGUGCCAGAGUUCACCGGGGUGGUAAAGAGAAUCGAGGCUGCAGAGAAGAUGUUGGCCGGUCUCCGGAGGAAGCUGCGUCGAGUAUCCUUCCUCCAUCAAACUCAGGGACGUGAAGCCCCGAUGGCAGUGGAAACCAAGUUAGAAGGCACCCAAGAGGAGGACACGGAUGACGACGGCAUAUUCGCAGUCAUCGGAGGCAUUCCCUUUUUCGAUUUUUAAUACGUGACCCAUCAAUGGCUGUAGCAGUGCCUCAGAGUUGGUGUGGGUUAGUUCACGCGUGGCGUCUAUUUCUCUGCGGCUGUAACUAUAAGAGACAGACACUCUUGCGGUUCUAAGUUCAUAAACUCUACAGUGGCAUC